UCUCUCUCUCUAUCUCUCUCUCUCUCUAUCUCUCUCUCUAUCUCUCUCUCUCUGUACGGUAGCUGUCGUGUUUUGUGAAAUAGUAAUCAUUGCUUGAAGCGCAUAGUAAAGAAAGCAUGACUGCCAGUCGGGUACUCGUUUACGGAGGAAGAGGUGCAUUGGGUAGCAAAAUUGUUCAGCAUUUCACUUCUAAAGGAUGGUGGGUAGCCAGCGUCGAUAUCGUUGCCAAUGAGGAGGCAAACGCGAACGUGCUGGUGAAGUUGUCGGAGUCAUUUACCGAGCAAGCGGGACAGGUGACAGCAGAUGUGGCCCAGUUGCUAGGGGACCAGAAAGUGGAUGCCAUCUUGUGUGUGGCAGGCGGAUGGGCGGGAGGCAAUUGCAGCUCCAAAGACCUGUACAAAAACACAGACAUGAUGUGGAAACAGAGUGUGUGGACCUCUACCAUCUCUAGCCAUCUGGCUGCUGUGCACCUGAAGCAGGGUGGACUGCUGACUCUGGCUGGGGCUAAAGCAUCACUGGGUGGUACUAGCAGCAUGGUGAGCUAUGGCAUGGCCAAGGCAGCAGUCCACCAGCUCUGUCAGAGUCUAGCAGGAGAAGACAGUGGGAUGCCCCCUGGAGCUGUGGCUGUAGCCAUACUACCGGUAACCUUGGAUACGCCAAUGAACAGGAAGUUCAUGCCUGAUGCAGACUUUGGUUCCUGGACACCGCUGGAGUACAUUGCAGAAACUUUCUUCAGUUGGGCCACCGGUGCGGAUCGUCCAGCGUCGGGCAGUCUGAUGCAGCUCACCACCACCGGAGGCAAGACACAGGCCCUACCCACACAAUAAGACACAGGCCCUACCCACACAAUAAGACACAGGCCCUACCCACACAAUAAGACACAGGACCUACCCACACAAUAAGACACAGGCCCUACCCACACAAUAAGACACAGGACCUACCCACACAAUAAGACACAGGCCCUACCCACACAAUAUAGGAGAGAGAAGUGGAGAGAGAGCGAGAGAGAGAGAGAGAGGGAUGAAAUGAGUCACAAUGAGAAAGGACUGAAGGAUGAGAUACGCUACAUGACCAAAAGUAUGUGGACACCUGCAUUAAUAUGGAGUUGGUCCCACCUUUGCUGCUAUAACAGCCUCC